GGCAACAGCAGGUGCUUGUCAGUAUCACAUGACCGUCUUCACAUGACUUUACAAAGUGUUUACUCGCUACAUAAUGGGAUGAUCUGGAUUAGAAAGCAGUGAAGAUUACCGACAAGCGUUGCAUCAAGUUUGAACGAAACCAUGAACGCCAUCAUUUCAUUGUGCCAUUUCUGUGAACUUCAUGGACCCAGAAUCUUGUUCUGCACUCAACCCUUUCGGCCUCAAGAACCUCGAAAUGAGCUGGAUGCCGAGGACUCUGAAUCAUCAUAUCCUCGCAGAGUUAAGUCCCCUUCUCUGAGUGCUGACUCACACAACGUGACUCCCUCGCUGCCCAGCAUGAAGAAUGACAUGUGUGAGGGCUGCUACUCAGUUCAACCUGGGUAUGUGAGCAAUGACGAGGAAGCCCAUGUGAGCUACGUCAGCACGCAACAUCCUUACCACCCACAGGUGUUCAGCCGCAUCCGACAAGCUUGUAUCAGGAGUCUCAGCUGUGAGGUGUGUCCUGGAAGAGAAGGACCCAUAUUCUUUGGCGAUGAACAGUAUGGCUAUGUUUUGAGCUACACAUUCUACGUGGAGGACUCCCAGGCUCGGGGGCUUCAGCGUUCAUACAGCAUCGUCAUUGUUAUGAUGGACAAGAUCUAUUUGUUGAAUUCGUGGCCUUUCCUAGUGCCUCAUUUAAAAACACUGAAAGAAAACCUUCAAGCCAGAGCACACAAAGUGUACACGGAGGAGCAAACAAAAUGUCCGCAGACGACGCGACUGAACCCGUCCAUCAACCCCGCAAACUUUAUCCAACAAAGGGGUGGUAACAAGCCUGCCCGGUCGUUGGUUGAACUUACAGGUCACAAGAACGUGUUUAAAGUGUUGCAUUUCUCAUUUAUAUGGAUCCUGAAAGCGUGUGGGAAUCGGAUGACAGAGACUUUGCUGGAGGGACCCCCCACGGAGGAUUCCAUCAUCGACAUGGAGAAACAGGAGGAGACGGAGGAAGGUUUUAUCAAGCUGUAUUCACGGAAGAUCAGCGAUAAUCAGGCUGAGCAGGUGGCGUCGGAGGACGAAGGCUGCAUCGACAGCGAUACAGAGCAGGAGUACAUGAGCAAGGCACCGUUCAUUAAAGACUUGAGACUGUUCCGCAAGGCGCUUGGAAACAGCAAGUUCCACACCCUGGCCCACCAUGUGCUUAUCGGAAACCAGGUGAUUAUCAGUGGGGCCGAGAAGUCACAGGUCAAGGCCAUUCUGGCUGCUCUGAAGAUGCUGCUGCCAAAGGGCUGUUGUCGGGCCAUCACAUACAGCAACACAUACGAGGAGUCUUGGCGCUGCAACUUCCUCGGCCUGGCACUCAAUGUCCCUCUCCCAAACCACACCAUGUCCACGGAAAUGUUCAUCCUUGUGGAGGUCCUGAAAGGAGAGGGAGAAGAAGCUCCCGGCAGCUCACUGGAGUCAGACAAGUCACUCACAGACAACUGUUUCAGCAGUUUUAAUUACCGCCUCAGCAGCCCUGUCCAGCUCCCCGAGAAAGCCCCCACUGUGCUGCAGAAGAUGGAGAUGGCCCUGAGGAACGAGAACCUGAGUGAGGAGGUGGUGGAGCAGUGCUUCAUCUGCAUCAAGGAGGAGUGGAUGAACAAGGUCAAGGUGCUGUUCAAGUUCACUAAAGCAGGAGGCAGUCGGUCGAAGGAAGACACCGAGAAAUUGUUUAAAGUGGUUAACGCACAGGAGGAAGACAAGCAACUGCUCAAGUUCUGGAUGACAGGCCUCAGUGUACAGUAUCGGACCCACAUUCUAGCAUCUUCCAAGAAUCAACACUGAAAGUGGUACACAGUUGUUCCUACC